GCCACUCUUCGCUUUUCACCUUUUCGUUUUUAUUUCUUGCAUUUGUUUCGCUGUUUCUCAAUCAGCAUACGCAUACAAUGUCAGCAGGACCCGUCGCUGCAGCCGCGGCUAAGCAUGGUAACGCUGGGGCUCCUGGCAGGCGUUGCAGGGCUCUGGGUAUACUCGGCCAUGCGUCAGCAGCGUCAAGAAGAAAAUACACCACCACCCACAGGCCGGCGUCGGACACGGCGGCAAUCGUCGACCAACAGCGAAUUUAUGUCUCUUGGCAGCGAAGCAGCAGCAGCCGCGGCAGCCGUUGGCCGGCAUAACACCACAUUGCGACGUACCGGUACGAUUCGGCGGCCGCGCCGACAAACGACUGGCUCGCUCAACGGCACAUCCUCAGCAACACAGCUCACAGCUGACCCACCGCAGCCUACAGUAUCUGACAUUAAUGAUGUGAGCGAGCCGACGGCAUUGUCGAGCCGUGCAUCGCAGGCGAGCCGGCAGCACAUGGAUAGCGACUCGGAGUCAGAAGAAGAGACAGGGGCGGACAAGGAGAUGCGGCUGCUGGCGCUACUGUGUGCGAUCUCUGAGGACCAGUCGCGGAGGGCUGGCGUGGUGCACCGCGGUAUGACGUGCAAUAACUGUAGCGAGGUACCGAUCCGCGGCGUCCCGAUACAAGUGUGCGCAAUGUGCCGACUACGACCUGUGCGAGGCAUGUGAAGCCCACGACGUCCAUCGCCAUCACGUACUGCUGAAAAUCGCUGUGCCUGUGCCGUCGUUGAUGAAUCCACGCACGCCUUUGGUAGCGGCGGUUCUACCCGGGCGACUUGGAGCCGCGUGAGCUGCCGCGCGACAUCAGCGAGCCACUUGAGGCUUCCACGCACCUGCACCCGGUCGACCUGGCCAGCCUGUACUGCGAGUUCUGCGUACUGGCCA